AGGAAUUCCCAUAAAGCCAAUACAUACAUUAUUCAAUUCAUGCACACCAGCCACUCACUCCCAAGAAGAAUCAUAUGGAAUAUUCUCGUUCAUCGGUGACUCAUCCUUCAGCUGCCACGAGAAAGAAGAGGAGCAAAAACAAGAUAAAGUUCAGCGACGAACAAGUCAAAUCGCUGGAAUCUAUGUUCGAGACAGACUCAAGGCUGGAAUCUACCAAGAAAUUGGAGCUGGCAAGAGAGCUUGGGUUGCAACCAAGACAAGUUGCCAUAUGGUUUCAGAAUAAGAGAGCUCGAUGGAAGUCAAAGCAGCUUCAGCGAGACUACACCAUACUCCGAGCCAAGUACAACACCUUGUCUUCACACUUUGAUGCUCUCCAGAAAGAGCAUCAGGCCUUGCUGAUACAGUUGCAAAAGCUGAAUCAUCAGCCACUAGAGCAAACUCAGAGUUGUAAACAAGAGGUAAAGCCAGGCCCGUCAACAGAACCUGCCCUUCUUAACUUGGCUGAGCAUGCUGAUGCUUCUUUCACAUCACCACAAGAUUGGGCCAUGUUUCGCUUGGGCCAAUCAACCGGUGAUUAUCAAUUGUGGGACUUCUGCUCCUGAAUGAAACUGAACAACCAAAUAAGGCCCAAGGAAAUGUGUGCACAUCAUUGCAUAUAUGUUGUUCGAUGUCCUAGUUCCUCUCUGUACUCAGCAUCUCCAAUUUUCGGAGUCAGCAUAGAGAAUCCUACCUUUAACAUAAAAAGAAUGAGUAAACGGCCGAAGCUCUACUAUUACAGCAGUAAUUGGUUGCAUUCUUGGUAGCUAUUGUUUCCAAUUAAGCUUAACACAACUCAGUGUUGCGUAAACCAACAGGGUAGGGAUACUGUGCUUGAGAAUAAGGUUGUCAGGGAGCUAUGAAAUUUAGGCUGAAGAAUGUUAGUCACACUUUUUUAACUAAAACUUAUAUGUUUUAUGUGAUUGGUUUAUUUUU